GGUAAAUUUAAGUUUAUAGUGGAUAUUUUUCCCGAUUAGCUCUUUAGAUUAAAAUAUACUUCAAAAUGCCUUCCUAGAACAUGAGUCCUAAAUAAUUAAACGAAAACAUAACUAUGUUAAGCAGGACUUCAUUAGAGGAAAAUGAUUCCCAUGGUGUCGGGUCGUCGGCAAGUUUUCGACAAGGAAUGGAAAGUGUACUAGAAGACUCAUCUCAAAUGCAGUCUAGAGGGGAGACUGAAGAUGAAUUUGACACUGAUAAAUAUAAACAGAAAAAUGCUGAAGCCACUGCAAAGAGUGAAAAGUCAGAUAUAAAUCUAAAAACCUCUACUCAAUCUUUAAAGAAGCUCGGCUCAAAAUUGAGCACAUCUAUGACGGAUGACUUUGAUAUGGAAAUGUAUAAAACUGCCAGAGGAAAUUUAGACUCCAGACAAAAGAAGACAUCCGUUAUUGGAAAUUACCCUGACAGUAAACAGUCUACGAAGACAGAAAAUAUGGUGAAGGCAAGUUAUAGACUUACAGAAGACGUGCUAGAUCCUGACAAAAGUGGGGAACCAUGGGUUAAUACUUCAAGAGAACUUAAAUCUGGUACUGUUGUCUGCUCGACGCACGAUGAAGCUCCUGUGAUCAUGCAUUGCAAGACAUGCGAUCGUCUUGUUUGUGAUGAGUGUAUAACAUCAACCCACAAACCACAUGACCUCGUAGAAAUUCGGAAACAAGGCCUGCAAGAUAAGCUCAUCUUAACAGAAAAACUUCCUGACGUACGAACACGCGCUAUCCCGUCACUUAGAAAGAACUUAGAUGGAUUAAGUCAUACGAAAUCAAAAUGCACGGAGGAAUUUGAUAGCAUGAUUGAUCAAAUCAAACAUAGGUCAUCGGUUUUAAUAAUGGCUAUCGAAACGGCAAGGGAUCGUUUGAUUAGCAGAUGUUCUUCAGACAAAGAUGCUAGCCAUGCAUUUCUUAAUAAGCUGGAAGAUAAACUCUCAACAGGCUUAGUAAGUAUUGAAGCAUCGGCUAAUUCUUCAGAUGAGGCACUCCAAAUGGACAAAGAUCCGGCGACCGUACAUGAAAGAAUUAAACUUCAAUGGCUUCUUGACAAAUAUCGAAGAAGUCACCCUCAAAUAACCUAUCCAAAGUUUCAAAACGGAACUGCACCAAGAGAGGAGGCUACUCUUGAAAAAAUGAUAGGGUAUUUUGACGGCAUGUUGAAGUGCGAAGCAAAAGACCAAUUGCACAAGAUUAUGCUUAACGUAACACCACUUGGAUCAUUGAAACCAUUGUAUGUAAAAACAAUUUCCUACAUGCACAAAGUAAGAAGCGCAUGUUCGUCUGGUGACGAUAAAAUCUGCAUUAUUCCUGUAAUUCCCUCGACGUCAUUAGACAUCAUGACGUCGGAUGGUGUAUCAGUAAUGACUCAAGUUCCCCAUACACGCAUAUAUGAUAUCACGAGAACAAUGGAUAGCCAUUUUUUAGUUUCGGAUCCUCGUAGUAGAAAAAUCAUGAGAAUAACAGAGCACGGAGUCGUUGUCAAAUGGACAAAUGUAAAUGGUAUACCAAGAGGUCUGCACGCUUGCAAAAAUGGAGAUAUUCUUGUUUGCAUUGUCGAUAGCGUAGCAUUUUCACACUUCCGUCAUUCAAAGCGCUUUAUUAUUCGGAUGAACGAGAAUUUUAAAAUCAUUGAGACCUACGGCCAAAAAGAACACAUAUUUAACAUACCGGACCGUAUAUUCGAAAACAUUAAUGGCGAUAUCUGCAUCAUUGAUAGAACUGGUGGAUUGGAUAGUAGGCUUGUAGUUAUGGAUUGCCAUGGCGGGGUACGGUUUGAGUAUCCAGGUGAAGGAAGUUUUGACGGCUCGUAUGGUGAUGGAUAUAUACCAGUGAAGCGACAAGCAUUUAGUGAUGUCUGCUGCGAUGGUUAUGCCAACAUUUAUCUUUCAGAUGAAAGAAACAAUGAAAUCGUCGUUCUAGAUCCCGAUGGGGCGGAGCAAAAAGGCGUUGACGAGAUCUUCAUGAAGAAACGGGAUAAGGUUGAAACGAACAUGGUUGCACCACACAGAAUAGUAAUAGACCAAAAUGGGAGACUAUGGGUAAUUCAGAGACGAAAAAUUACACUGUUUGCCUUGUACAACUAGGACUUAGUUGUUAUGUUCAUAUAAAUAUUUAUAUAUGUUUAUAUAUUUCAGCUGUUGAUAAAAUUGGUAUAUAUUCAAACAAAUUAGUUGUUAUCUUCGUCAUAGAGGUAUCUACCAGAUAUGGUCUACAUGAUCCAUGCAGUCUAUAUCUUAAACUGAUUAACAAUCUUUUUACAUCCCAACGAUUUAUCGCGAAAGUGGGUUUUUUUUACUUCAAGUUGCUAAUAUUUCUUGAAUACUGAUGACAAAUAUAGAACUUUAAUAAAUUUCGUAAAUGAUUUAACAAAUACAAAAUGAACAAAAUAAAUGCUUCGUCGAAAAAGUUUAUCUAAGUGUUUUUGUCCGUUUAGGAAUAAGGCAGUCAUUGAAAUUUUCCAUAGAACAACUUUAGAUGAUUUAGAGAUGUAUUUUUGCUUAGUGGGUUAGUGUCUCAUUGACAUAUCCAAGGUCUCCUUUUUCUUAUAUCAAUGAUAAUAUACAAUAAUUAUAUUAUUAACACAUUCAAUUUAAUUGUUAUGGCAUGAUCAAAUACUAAAAAUAAAACUGACAACUUUUAAUAUAUUCCAUGGGAGUGACAGUGGCUUUCAUAUGAUUUUUUUAAAAUAAAUAACUACAAGUAUU